GUAGUCGCUGUCACUCGUUUGGCGCGAUGUUUCCAGUGUCCUGGAUCUGGUGCGGUCUCGACCAAGAUUCGGAGCCUUCAACUCCCACCUGAUAUCUGCAUAUCAGGGCAUCCCGCUUUUCUCACAGUUUCCCAGGAGUGCAGCUCCCUUGGCUAGUUCCAGAAUCGCAGUUUUGGUCUGAUAUUGCAGCCCUACCCUACCUCUAGUAUUGCAUUCCCACUCCCCUCUUUCGACCUGACGUUGUGGCCUUUCCUGUGCUGCACCUCGGGUAUUUCUGGCUGGGAGAGCAAGGACACAAGACGCCAGGGAGCCAGACUCCUGCCAUAGGAUAUGAGUAGGAGCCUGAGCUGGUCUGAGCAGCUUGAUGCGCUUCUCAAUGCUACUGAUGGAAAUGUGGCCCGGAUUAAGCAGCGGCUGUAUCCCGUUGGGGUCUCCACCGCAGCUGGGGAUCUGGCUGGGACUUGGAUUUCCCAUCACUUGCAUCCCCAGUCAGGAGUUCAAGCUCAACAGCUUUGGUAUCAAGAGACUCCCACUGUCCCAGAGAGGCUGAGAUGGGCUGGGGCCUACAGUCCAUCCUCUCUCUGGGAUGAAGUUACUAUUCUCCGAUCCCAGCUUCAAUCUCAGGCUCAGGUGACUGAGGCACUAAGACAGGCUGUGCAGGGCAUGCUGGAAGAGCAAGAGCAGCAGAAGUACCAGAUCAGUACCCUGGAAGUAUCAUUAAAGUUGCUGCAGAGAGGCCCAGAGGGGAGGACCCUUCUCCUGGAGCAACACCUGGAGAGGCUGAGAAGAGAACUGGAGGGUCUUCAGUACCUGGUGCAGGAGCAGGCCCAAGCCCAAGCCCAAAUGCGAACAGGACCAGGAAAGUGCAGUACUACCAGUGGUGUUCACCAGGAGCUGCAGACUGAGCAGCAGGUGCUGUGGGAAGAAUCAGAGAUUCUACAGGAGGAGUUAAAGUUGCUGUGGGACCAGUUAAGCCAGCACCAGGAGCUGCUGCUCAAACAGAUAACUAAGGAGCGGCAGGCUCAGGCCCGCAGCUGGAAGAUUUCCAGAGGAGCACCCUUUCUAGCCUGGAGCCCAGCAGCUUCCAGCUCGAUGCCCAGAGUUUUAAACAAGUUCCUUCAGGGCUCCAAGUUGCUCCUGACUGACCUGUAAGGACUUGUAAAAGUAGUGGGAUGAAGCCUUCUUUGUCCACCCUCCCCUUCAAGGCCCUGUUUCUGGGCCGCCUGCCCCUCCCCUCUUGAUCUAGCUGGUAUUUGCUCUCUUUACUGAGGCUUCUCACUGCCUGCCAUCCCUGUCCCCCA